AUGGAAGCAACUAUAUUACCAAAUCCAAAGGAUAGUAAUGCUACGAUCUUGUUAAUGGGGUUACGUAGAGGAGGAAAAUCGUCAAUAUGUAAGGUCGUUUUCCAUAACAUGCAGCCCUUGGAUACAUUGUACUUAGAAAGUACAUCGAAACCUACCACAGAACAAUUUUCGCUGUUAAUUGAUUUGUCAGUCAUGGAAUUACCUGGCCAGCUAAAUUACUUUGAACCGAAUUACGAUUCGGAAAGGUUAUUUUCAAGUGUAGGAGCAUUGGUUUACGUUAUCGACUCACAGGAUGAAUAUUUAAAUGCACUUACAAAUUUGUCUAUAAUUAUCGAAUACGCAUACAAAGUGAAUCCAAAAAUCAACAUUGAAGUCUUGAUCCAUAAGAUUGACGGCUUAUCGGAAGAUUAUAGAAUUGAUGCGCAAAGAGAUAUAAUGCAGAGAAUUGGAGAUGAACUAUUAGAUUUAGGAUUGGAGGGUGUUCAAGUUUCAUUUUAUUUAACAUCUAUUUUUGAUCAUUCUAUAUAUGAAGCAUUUUCAAGAAUAGUACAGAAGUUAAUUAAUGAAUUGCCAUCAUUGGAAAAUAUGUUGGAUAAUUUAGUGCAACAUUCUUCCAUUGAUAAGAUCUUUAUUUUUGAUGUCAAUUCAAAGAUUUACGUGGCUACUGACUCAUCUCCGGUUGACAUUCAAACCUACGAAGUGUGUGCAGAGUUUAUUGAUAUAACUAUUGAUUUGGAUGAUCUUUAUAUUGAAAAUGAAAAUUCAAUGAAUGAUAGUGAAACAGUCAUUAAGAAGCAAGAGUUAAAGUCAAUAUCUCAUUUAUCGAACGGGUCCCUACUUUACUUGAAGCAGAUGAUCAGAGGAUUAGCAUUGGUAGCAUUGGUGAGGCACGAUGAGAAUAAUAGUGAUCUUUCGUUGGAUAGUUUAAUGACUAUAAUAGACUACAAUGUUAGCAAUUUUAAGAAGUCAUUAAUGAAAAUGUGGGAGAAUUCCAAACUUGUAGAGCAACCAAAUACCCAAAAUAGCGAGUUGAUGAACUGA